AUGUCGUCGCAGUCGAUCAAGGAUCAGCCGGUCGCCACGCAGGCUCCGACCCGCGAGCCGCUCGCCGACAUCACGCAGUCUCGCAAGACCAACGGAGGCCAGGGCAAGUCGGACCCCGACAACGCCACCUCGACAGCCGUCCGGGACGCCGCAAUCCCCGCCGAAGCUCCCGAGAUGCCGUCGCGCGAACCUGAGAGUCACGUCGCCACCCGCAACGUCGCCCAGGCGACCAGGCCACUCAUGCCGCAGUUCGAACCUCCCUCCUCGGCGCCUUCCGCUGGAACGCUCCGUGACGCCUUCGCGGAGCCGCCGAUGCUCUUCGUCGAGCCAGCCUCCGAUACCGGCUUCGAGCCCGACUCCUUCCCUACGACGACCUACCCAGGCAACAGCUCUCGCGUCAGCUCGUUCCCAGGAGAUAUGCUCGGAGGUCCGCUCGACAGCACCGUUGGCGUCUUUCCCCCGCCGGGCCUCACCGUGCCCGAUCUCCACACGCCCUCGGACGCCAAGAUCAGGGCGCUGCAGCUGGAGAUGCAUCUCAGCGAGCUCGCCGCUCGCCAGGCUUCGGCCAUGGUCGAGGCCGAGCGAGCCUCAGUGAUGCAGCGUCAGCGCGAUGCGUUGCUGUCCAUGCCUGCAUCUGCACCGCCGACGCUUCUCGACGCCAGCAGUCUGCGAGCCAUGACUAACAUCUACGUCAACAACCUGCCCGAAUCGACGACCGACGACGUCCUGUACCGCCUCGGAUCCAUGUGCGGCACCGUCGUCAGCCACAAGGCCAUGCUCGAUCUGGACACCGGCCGUUGCAAAGGGUACGGCUUCGUGAUGUACGCGACUCCCGAAGAGGCCCAGAGAGCCAUCAUCUUCUUCACCAGCAACGGCCUUCAGAGCUCGUACGCCAAGGAAUCGUUCAGCGCCAAGCUGAGGCGAAUGGCGGACAAGUCUUCGACCAACGUCUACCUGAGCAACCUUCCGGUCAAGCUGAACGCUCAGCAACUCGAGCAGCUCUUCUCCCCGCACCCGGUCGUCAGUCUCCGCAUCCUCACGGACGCCAAUGGCGAGAGUCGCGGCGUCGGCUUUGUGAGGCUGAGGGAUCGCGAGGUGGCGCAGGAGUGCAUCGAACGACUCCACGGCAGGAUCCUGCCCGGCACGACACAGCCCCUGCAGGUCAGGUUCGCCGACAGCGAGGCGCAGAAGCAGCUCAAGCAGAGCGUCUCGCCGAAGCGUACAAUCGAGUCCCUCUUCAAGGAACUCAACAUGCACGGCAUGACGCACCCGCCGCUCUCUGGCCCGACGUUCACUGCCCCGACGUUCACUGCCCCGCUUCCCGCUCCGCAGUGCGGCGGAGGUAGCAUCGGCGGCAUCGGCGCGCGCCAGCGUCUGUCGCUCUCGCCCCAGCUCAUGCCGACCAGUCCAUCGCAGCUGACGGCAUCUCCGGAUCUGAGCACCUCGAGCUCGUUCGGAAGCCUCCUGUCGACGCCCAGCACUGGCAGCCUGUCGUCCGGCGCCUUCACCCCGUUCUCUGGCAGCCCCACUAUCGGCUCGGGCCCCAUGGACUGCUUUGGCGCCUCGCACCACCUCGGCGGCCUUCAGCAGAUGCCGGCCUCUCCGAUGAAGCCGCAGGCUUCGCCCGACCUCGGCUGCUUCUCGCCGAGCGCUAUGAUCAGCCAGCCUGCCACCCCCAUGGUGAGCUACGGCGCCGUCAACGGAGCCGGCUUGGGCUUCUACGACCCGACAACGCCCCUCACCAGCAGCUUCCGUGGAUACGGCGAAGGCGUCACGGGCCACGGCUUUGGCAAGGACACGAGCCUUACCGGCUCGAUGGUGCGAGAGCUGGAUGCGGCGCAGCGCGGCAUGGCCGGCUGGGGAGUCGGUGCCCUUCCCCCGCCCAGCCAGCCGCUCUCCGCCAGCGGCAUGCAGUACGGCGGCCAGCAGAGCACGACCGCCCCUGCACCAUCGAGGUCCAGCGCCAUCCCUAUCCGUCGACCUGAUGACGGAGGCCCCGACCAGGUAGCUCUUUCCCCCACCGCGAGCAGCAACGCAGCUCCCUCCGCCAGCCAGGCCAAUGCCGCCGAUUCGCGUAAAUCGCGCUCUGGCGUCAAGGUAGCGCUUCCUCCGACGUCUUCCGACUCUGCCAUCAAGGAAGGCAAGAUCAAGCGCACAAGCGUCGGCACCGUCGAGACGGAAGCGAAGCGCCGCGGUCGCAGGAGCGCGCCCAGCGUCGCUUGA